AUGAGCUUCUUGGAGCCGAUUGGGUUUUUCGUACAGUGGGACGUAACCCGGUCGUCCAUACCAAAAAUUAAGGGUUACAAGGUAAAGCUAUGGUCAAUUGAAGAAAAUACAACGAGAAACUACAAAUUGCUGAACGGUGAUCAAUAUCCUGGACUAGAGAGAAAUGAUAUUGCUCAAGAGGCUUUCAACGAAAGUUACACAGCCAAGAACGAAGUAACAGAAAUAACUUCCAUUAAUGCAUACCAUAAUGAAGCAAGACUACUUAGCAUCGCGAAAGACACAUUAUAUGAAAUACGUGUUUUCACUUAUAAGGAUGAAGAUGUAGGACCCAUGUCUGACCCCAUUAGGGUCAAAAUAAUGAAAUCUAAAACUGAUUACACUGUAUCAGAGGAUAUAGUGAAACCUAGACCAGUUUAUACGGUGUUGGCUGAACGACAAUUUGAUUACUGUAAAGUUUCUAUCAUCACGAACACGACAGAUGGCGAUCCUUUUAUCCAUAAAACGUUUAUAUGA